UUCAAGUUUCGGAUCCAACGCAAGUAAUCUCUUCUCCUCUAUCUUUCUCUCUCCUUGAUUCUCUCUCUAUCUCUGUUUUUUUCUCUCUCUCUCUGUUUCUCUCUCUCUAAAAUUAGCCUAAUGGCAGAGAUCUGCUGCGUCAAGGAGAUCCAAGAAGAAGACGUGGAUACGAUCCGAUUGCCGACCCGACCGGAAUUGGACCUCCCCGAUCACGAGGACCCAACGGUCAGCGACGACGAUGGAUGCAAGACUCCAACAUCGUCCGAUCAUAGGAUUCCAGCGGCGAGGUACACGUUGUGCCCACCGGCUCCGAGAAAACCGGAACCAAACCGGUCUUCCGGGACGAAACGAAAAUUGACGGCGGUUAAUGCUGUUAACCGUAUACCGAUUGAUCUGAGCCGUGAGAUCGAGAUGUUUUUCCAGGAUUUGGACCGUAGGAUCAAGAACUCACGGAAACAAUAAGAAGAAGACCGGGAUUGUUGGUCAUUUCCUUUCUAAUUUAUGACUGUGUGUGGUGGUAAUUGAUCCUUUGAAUUUUUCCUUAAUUUCAUUUUUUCGAUCUUCAUUUUCUGUAUAUUACUAGCUGAUAACAAUAAAACUAUGAUUACAUAAUGAAUCCUUUCGUUCUGAUUUAUA